CUGCAGGAGUUAACUAACUAACUCCAGAAGAUGGCAGUAGUUCAGCCUUGAGGAUGUAAGCUGGCGUUAAAACCCAAAGAAGAAGACAUUCGCUCUAGCUCGUCGCGCAUACUGACAGAGGCGUUAUCUCAGACAGCUGAAUCCCCCCCUAUUUCCCUCCCAGCAUGGCUGCAGACUCAAUGGAGAUUGACGACUCUCUUUACAGCCGCCAGCGAUAUGUGCUGGGAGACAGUGCUAUGCACCAGAUGGCCCAGUCCUCAGUCUUUCUCAGUGGAAUGGGAGGACUGGGAAUUGAAAUGGCAAAGAAUAUUGUCCUGGCUGGUGUGAAGGCAGUCACCCUUCAUGACACAAAGCAGUGUGAAACCUGGGAUCUGGGCUCCAACUUCUUUAUCCGCCAAGAGGAUGUGUUGAGCCAGAGAAGAAGAGUGGAGGCAGUGUGCCCUCGGGUCGCAGAGUUGAACCCUUAUGUCCAUGUAGACAUGUCUUCCUCUGCUCUGGCUGACAACACUGAUCUCAGCUUUCUUGGAAAGUAUCAGUGUGUGAUUCUGACUGAAGCCAGAUUGAGCCUACAGAAGAGAGUGAAUGAGUUCUGCCACUCACAACGACCCCCCAUCAGAUUCAUUGGCUGUGAUGCUUAUGGCAUCUGUGUGCGGGUGUUUUGUGAUUUUGGAGAGGAGUUUGAAGUGUCAGAUCCUACAGGGGAGGAGCCCAAGGAGAUUUUCAUCCAAAGUAUCACUCAGGACAAUCCUGGGGUUGUAACCUGCAUGGACAACCAACCCCAUGGCCUACAGACAGGCCAGAGUGUUGUCUUCAGAGAGGUCAAUGGCAUGGUGGAGGUCAACGGCACCACACAGCCAGCCCCACUACAGAUCCAUGCAGCCAUGUUGGCUCUAGACACCUUUCAGGAACAGCACAGUAGACUUCCCAACAUUGGGUGUUUACAGGAUGCUGAGGUUUUACUAAAGCUAACUGAGGAAGUGAAUGCAACUCUCAGAAACAAAGCUCCUGUGAAUACUGAGUUGGUGCGCUGUCUGUCGAGAACAGCGAGGGGAACUCUUCCUCCGUUGGCAGCAGCUGUAGGAGGACUAGCCAGCCAGGAAGUUCUAAAGGCCAUCACCGGGAAGUUUGCACCACUGCAGCAAUGGUUUUAUCUUGAUGCCAUCGAGGUAGUCAGGCCACUUCAGUCUGUUUCUGCUGAGGACUUUUUCCCAAGGGGUGAUCGGUAUGAUGGAUUACGAGCUUGCAUCGGUGAAUCAAUGUGUGUAGAACUGCACAAGCUCAGGGUCUUCAUGGUGGGCUGUGGUGCCAUAGGCUGUGAAAUGCUAAAAAACUUUGCCCUGCUUGGAGUGGGAUUGACCAAGAGCUCAGGAGAGGUAUGCAUCACAGACCCAGACCUUAUAGAAAAGUCCAACCUUAAUCGGCAGUUUCUCUUCAGACCACAUCACAUACAGAAACCGAAGAGUACCACAGCAGCAGAAGCCACUCACGAUAUCAACCCAGACCUGCAGGUAGAUGCUCACCUAAACAAGGUGUGUCCUGCUACUGAGAGCAUCUACAAUGACUCCUUCUACUCCCGCCUGAACCUAGUGGUCACUGCGCUGGACAACGUGGAGGCACGAAGAUAUGUAGACAGCCGCUGUUUGUCCAAUCAGAGACCUCUCCUGGACUCUGGCACCAUGGGAACUAAAGGACACACAGAAAUCAUUGUGCCAAAUUUGACAGAGUCCUACAAUAGCCAUAGGGACCCCCCAGAAGAGGAGAUCCCAUUCUGCACUCUCAAGUCUUUCCCUUCUGUUAUAGAGCACACCAUUCAAUGGGCCAGAGACAAGUUUGAGAAUUUGUUUGUCCACAAGCCCUCCAUGUACAACUCGUUCUGGCAGACCCACUCCUCGGCUGAUGUGGUGCUACAGAGGAUGCAGGCGGGGGAAAGUCUGGAGGGAGCAUUCCAGGUCAUUAAGCUGCUAAGCAAACGGCCUAGCCAGUGGGAACAUUGCAUCACUAUUGCCCGUCUGAAAUUCGAAAAGUAUUUCAAGAGAAAGGCCCUACAACUGUUGCACUCUUUCCCCCUGGACACAAGGUUAAAAGACGGAAGUUUGUUUUGGCAGUCCCCAAAAAGACCUCCAGCACCUUUUGAUUUUGACUUGAACGACUCUAUGCACUUCACUUUCAUUGUCAGCACUGCCCGGCUCUUUGCAGGGAUUUAUAACAUCUCUUACUCAGAAAAGGAUCUCUCUGAAGAAGCAGUGACAAGGGUUCUCUCAGAUGUCAAGAUCCCCGAGUACAGGCCCUCAGAGAAAUGUAUAGAGACCAAUGAGGCAGCAAAGAAGCCUGAUUCAAUGAAGAUGCCUCUAAGCAGUGAAGAGGAGAGGGAGGCCAUCACACAGCUGGAGCAGGCCAUUGCUACGGACAGUGUUACAGCAGAGAGGUUACAGGUGAGUCCACUACAGUUUGAAAAGGAUGAUGACAGCAACGGCCACGUGGACUUUGUCACAUCAGCAUCUGCUCUCAGAGCUCGGAUGUACGCCAUUGAGCCAGCUGACAGACUCAAGACCAAACGAAUCGCUGGAAAGAUCAUCCCCGCUAUUGCCACGGCAACAGCUGCUGUGGCUGGACUGGUUGCCCUCGAGUUGAUCAAGGUGGUUGGAGGCUACGAAUUUGAAUCCUUCAAAAACUGCUUCUUUAACUUGGCCAUCCCUGUAGUGGUGCUCACUGAGCCUGCCCCAGUUAAACAGUCACUCAUCAGGGACAACAUUUACUUCUCCAUCUGGGACUGUUGGACUAUCUUUGGCCAUGAGGACUUCACUCUCUCUGACUUCAUGAAUGCAGUGAGGGAAAAGUAUGGAAUUGAACCCACUAUGGUCGUCCACGGUGUGAAGAUGCUCUAUGUGCCUGUGAUGCCUGGACACUCAAAGAGACUCAAACUAACGAUGCAGAAGCUGAUCAAGCCAUCAGUGGACCGCCGCUACGUAGACCUCACUGUGUCAUUCGCUCCAGAGGCAGAUGGAGACGACGACCUCCCUGGUCCUCCCGUCAGGUACUUCUUCAGCCGCAAUGGAGAGACACCUUGACACCUUCCUAGAUGUCCUCAAACCUCUUGUGUCCUUACUUCCCUUCUUUCAUGUCAAUUGUUGUACUCCAAUAACCUGGGCCAUGGCCAAGAGUUUUCUUCAGGAUGUUCUCUGACAAGGGCAAAGCUCCUGGCCCCCCAACACCAGCCCCGCCUGUGCGUAAUGGAGCAAGACGAGGCCAGUCCUGGUCCCAAUUUUUCUUGCCCCAGAUCUAGCCAACACGAGGCUGCUUGAGUAGCACUUAACUGCACCUGUGUACAUAUAUUUUCUCUGUUCUGUUUUCUACUCUGGUGAAAUGCACAGAUUCCGCCUGUGUCAAUGCCUUAAUUGUUUAAAAACCAUUUUCUGUUUGUGGCAGUGAGUCUGACUAAAAGCUGUUUACAGAAACCUGCGUACUCUUAACACACAACCCCGUUAGUCUAAUUUCUGUUUUAAGUCUGCUAGGCCCUAAGGGGGAUGGUGGUAGGACUGUCGGGGCGGUGAAGUGGAUUUGUAUUUGGUAAGAAUCAUACCUUCUCCUUCCUCAGAGUCCUCUCAUUGGCUUUGAAAUUAUUGCCAACCACAGAAUUAGCCAGAUGUUGGCCAUCUCCCUUUUAUAGAAACAUGUCAAGCCAAUAUUGUUGUAUAAUUUAGAGGUGCAAAAGGUCAGUGGACAAUGGCGAAACCACCAAAGAUACUGAUUAUCAUUUUGUCUGCAGAUGAUUGUUCUCUUUUAUGAUCACCUCGACUGCCUCAUAAAAACAUAUUUAUAUUAUGGGCAAUAAUUAUUAUCCAAACAUUAUAGAGCAACACACACUGGCAGCAUCUUGACUUGCUUCAUCAGUUUGAUGCACGUCAAUAUUUUGGAAUAUGUCCCUGUCCUAUUGACGAGCAUCAACUCUUCAGAUGAGCAGCAAUUUUAUUACAUUGCUCCCCAGUCAAUUGACAUGCAUCAAAUAACAUAGCAGACGUAGCUGCUAGUCUUACCUAUCAUGUUAAAUAUUUAGGUGAUGACAGCAUUGACAUCAGUUAAAACAUUUGAGUAAACAAUAGGUUUUUUAGAUUAAGUAAUGGCGUGAGUUCAAUAGCCGUUUCACACAGAAAAAGCCAUUCUUUUGACAGACAUGAAACAUCUGUACCACCAUCUGGGAUCACACUCCUGUUUUUAAAACACCCUUUUUUUUUUUUUUUUUUCAAACAAAACCUGUGCUGUUCCUGAUUUAUUUGUUGCAUUUGUUUAUGGAUGUGUGUCCAUGACAUGUAUUUAUUUACUUGUUACUCAUUUUUGUGUCAAACUGAGCCCGUGUUGAAGAGCUCUGUGGUGUCAUGGUGCACUGGUUAAUUGUGAAGUGUUAAAAAGUAAAUAAUUCUUCUUUAGUUCCAGGGUCUAUAUACGGUAUGCAUUGGCUUAUAUUGGCAAAGUCAAUGUAGUUUUGAAUGGAAUCAUUUAAAAAAAAAAAAAAAGUAUUAUGAAGAUCCACCUGAAGAUAGUCAAUUAAGGCUAAAGUCACACAAAAUUGCUUCUUCGACCACAUUUAUUUCUAUUCCCAUAACUAAAGGUGGUGAAUUUCCCUUUGCACAGAAAAUGUCGUAUCCUAUUGACAACACUUCUUGUGCGUUGAAUGUCAUAAGUGUAAAACAAAAUGUUAAAGUGACAAUGAUAAUGAUGUAUGUUCCUGUGACAGACAACUCAACCAAUGGUCCAAUAAAAUGUGAGAUUUCAGGAUGUCCUCAA